AUGCACGACGCACUCCUUCUACCUGAAGUCAGAGACCAUAUCUUCGACUACAUCACACAACAGGACACAUUGGCGGCUCUCGCACGAACAUGCACCGCGUUUCUACACCAUUCUCGGGACCGAUUAUGGUCUGGAGAUCUUGACCCCAUCUCGAUGGUACACCUACAACAUAUUGUAUCACAAACAAUCCACAGGAAUGAAUUCGGUGAAUUUUCAUGCUACCAGAUUGACCUCCAGUUCGGAAGUCAAGAGGACUGGGAUUAUGUCCUCCAAUUCACAACCCGCGUACGACGCCUAUACCUCCACUGUUUCCCUCCCCCAGUGAUGCAUGAAUCGGCCCUCCUGAGACUCGUGUCCCCUCCCUCUGGCCUCGAGAGGGUGUUCCCAAAGCUCCGCUAUCUUGUCAUUGACGGGAGGACCUCUCAGGCCCUCCACGCAUAUACCGAGUUCUUCUCGCCUCAGCUUGUCUCCUUCAAAGCCGUGUGCAACCCGGAUAACGGGCGCAUGCUUUCGGAUUCGCUUCCAGAACGAUCCAGGCGCUUGCAGAUUCUGGAUGUCACCGAUAGAUUUUCCUAUGACCCACUUCAGGAGCCCCUGAUCAAAACACUGUCGGUCACCGUUGUACGACUACCUUUACUUUCAGAAUUGCGUUGCUCGGAUCUCGAGCCUCACGCCCUACUCCAUAUAUCUCGUUCCUCGUAUCUUCGACACCUUGUUCUGUCUGAUGCCGCGAUGUCUCUCACGAGUGAAGGCAAUACUUCUUCUAUCGACCGAUUAGAUUUUCCGGCCCUUGAGCGCCUUGAGCUUUCCAUCAGACGGUCCAUGUCGUCUGGUAUGGGACUUCUCAGAAGGCUCAGAAAUCUUCCAAAGACGCAAAUUAUGGCCGCUAUCUCCACAAACCCACAGGACGUACAAAUGUUUCUCUCCGGCGUAGCUCAGAUCGAUCACAGUGGCUUAGAGGAGCUUCUACUCAGCGGUACAAUUUACAUCAUCGAUGGCGGCUACGAUCCACAAAGCACCCUCACCUUCGAUUAUCUUGUACCCCUUCUCCAACUUGAUAAUCUGCGGAGUCUUUCCCUCGGUAUAACUUGCUGCAUAUCUAUGACUCUGGAAGAGGUCACAGAGAUUGCUCGGGCUCUCCAUCACCUCAGACGGUUGCACUCAUGUCUCCAACAUCUCCACCUCAGUGUCCAAAACGUGGUGGACUUUGAGCUCAUCUCGUUUUUGCUGGCCGACAAUUUUCCGUUGCUGGCGAACUUGACAUUGGAAGAGAAGCCUACGUUUUCCCUUGCCCCCACGGAUGAAUCCGUCUUCCUGCCCUCCGUAAAACCGCUUUUGCGCCUCCGAAGGCUCACAACACUUAUCUUAUGGUGCUUGCGGCGUUACAUGUUCACGGAUGCAGACAUGAAGACAAUUGCGCAGGCAUUUCCGCGUCUCACACGCCUGGAACUGCACGGGAGAUCGAUGGAUGAUGCUUCCUCUCCGCACCCACUAGCAUCAUUCGAUAGUGUGCUAGCCUUGACAGAGCUCUGCCCCGAUCUGAGCGAGCUCAGGCUCCAGAUCGAUGCUUGUCAUACCCUGCACAUGUCGAGCCUCGAGCAGUGGCUCAAUCUGCGGCGAGGGGCCCCGCACAACCGUACCCUCACGAGCUUGGAUCUGCGCAACUCUCACAUCCAAGGUCGCGACGCGGUAGACAUUAUGAUCCUCCUGGUUACUUCGUUUGAGCGGCUUGCAUCCAUCUCGUUGUUCGGAGAAGUGCGGGGGGCACGCAGCCAUGGUUGGAUGGAUGAGAAGAUCCGUGUCCUGCGGCAGGCAAGAAAGGAACGAGACCUGCGUGAAAUGAGCGCUGAUGAGCUGCGAGCGAUCGUUGCAAGUACCGACGAGACGACGCAGAUGAAUUAG